AUGAUUUUACUGGCUUUCUGGUUUGCGCUCGUUUGCUCGGGUCUGGUCUGGUCUGCCCUGCCCUGCCCGCCCUGCCCUGCCCUGUUCUGUUCUGUUCUGUUCUGGCUGCUGUGGUCGUUCUGCUCUGCUCUGCUCAACACCACCAAAGACGAUGCCGAAAAUGACCUAUGGAAAACACAAAGGGACUUCCAAUUAGUAGCCAAACCGUUCCAAAAUAUUACUGACCUUUCUUUAGUUGACGAGCAAGAGGUGCGCCGGCCGAAGAUUGGUCCCGCUGCUUCUGACACGUGGGUCUCGGGUUCCUUGGUAACCUUCCUUACUAACUCCCAUACUUCCGUGGGUUACUCGCGUGGCUGGAAUGGUUGUUUCCGGGGAACCAGACCGCAGCUGACAGCCGUGAUAUUCCGCAUUUCUACAAGGUCGCAAAAAUCCGUCAAAGUCGAAUCUGCUCCAUAG